AUGGCGGCGAGUACCGACAUGUUUGCCAACCUGGACACGGACGGCAGCGGCAACCUUUCCCGCGAAGAGUUUGCCCGGCUCAUGCAGCAGAUGCAGGGCCAGGGCAUGGCCCCGGGCAUGGCCCCGGGCAUGGCCCAGCCCCAGAUGCUGAUGGAGCCCGUGACGGCUAUGCCACAGGUAACUCAGUACCCGCCUGGCAGUGCGGCUCCUGGCCAAAUGGGUGCCCCCAUGUAUGCCGCUCCCACCGGCCCCGAUGGUGCACCCAUGGGCGCGCCCAUGUAUGCCGCUCCCACGGGCCCAGGAGGCGCGCCAACGGGUGCUCCCAUGUAUGCCGCUCCCACCAACCCCGGCGGCGCGCCCACAGGCGCACCUAUGUAUGCUGCUCCCACCAACCCCGGCGGGGCUCCCAUGUAUGCUGCUCCCACCGGCCCCGGUGGCGCGCCCAUGCCCGCCGGAACCGAUGGUGCACCCGUGUAUGCCGCUCCCACCGGCCCUGACGGUGCCCCCAUGGGCGCGCCCAUGUAUGCUGCUCCCGCAGGCCCGGGCGGUGCUCCCAUGACCGUUGGCCCCGAUGGUCAACCCGUGUACGCUGCCCCAGUCGGCCCCGACGGUCAACCCAUGUAUGGCGCCCCCAUCGGCCCCGACGGUCAACCCAUGUCUGGCGUCCCCAUCGGCCCUGAUGGCCAACCCAUGUAUGGCGCACCCGUCGGCCCUGACGGUCAACCCAUGUAUGGCGCCCCCAUCGGCCCCGACGGUCAACCCAUGUCUGGCGUCCCCAUCGGCCCUGACGGUCAGCCCAUGUACGGCGCCCCCAUCGGCCCCGAUGGUCAACCCAUGUCUGAGGGUCAGCCUAUGUAUGGGGCCCCCAUCAGCGGCCCGCCCAUGCCAAACGAUGGCCAGACCAUCAUGGGCAACACGUACCAGGUGAAGGUCCCCACGCAAACUAUGAGGGAUGAUAGCAGCGCCACCACUACGCAGUGGCCGGCUGCGUACCAGCAGGUUCAGGUCGACGGCGAGACGCAAUAUGUUGCCGGCAAGACCGAGGAACUUGAUGCGCCCGCUCAGGUCGGCACCCAGCGAGUGGAGCAGACCGUGGCUGGACAGAGGAAGCAGCAGAUCGUGGAGAUUCCGCAAGUCCAGGAGGUUGUGGAGGAACAGGAGAUCCCCGAGGUGCAGGUCGUGCAGAAGGUGGUCGAGGUCCCUCAGAUUGUGCAGCAGCCCGUGGAGCAGAUCGUGGAGCAGGUCGUUCAGGUGCCGCAGGUCAUCCAUCAGCCGAAGGUCUCCCAUCGCCACGUGGAGCAGAUGGUCGACAUCCCUGUGCCGCAGAUUGUGGAGGAGGUUGUCCAUGUGCCGGUUACGCAGACCCAAGCUCGCCAUUACCAGGUGCCCGUGGAGCAAACUGUGGAAGUUCCAGUGCCCAUGAUGCAGGAGCAGCAGGUGCAUGUUCCCAAGGUGAUGACCCAGAAGCGCCAGAUGCACCAGCACGUUGAGCAGGUCGUGGAGGUUCCUGUGCCUAUGACCCAGGAGGAGGUCGUGCACGUCCCCAAGAUCAUGACGCAGACCCGGGUCAUGCAGCAGCACGUGGAGCAGGUCGUGGAGGUCCCGAUCCCCAUGACCCAGGAGGAGGUUAUUCAUGUGCCUGAAAUCAUCACACAGACCCGCAUCGUGCACCAGCCAGUGGAGCAGAUCGUUGAGGUGCCGGUCCCUGUGGCGCAAGAGCAGGUUGUGCCUGUGGGGCAGGGAGCACCCUAUGGCGCCCCAGGGACCAUGGCAGCCCCAGGCCAGCCGCAGGGUGCACCAUACGGGGCCCCAGGGACCAUGACCGCCCCAGGGCAGCCGCAGGGCGCACCAUACGGGGCCCCGAACAUGAUGGCCCCAGGGCAGCCGCAGGGCGCGCCGUAUGGGGCACCGCAGACCAUGAUGGCUCAGGAGCAAGUCAUCCAAGUGCCAAAGAUCAUGACGCAGACGCGCGUGAUUCAGCAGCACGUGGAGCAGGUGGUCGAGAUCCCAAUCCCGCAGACCCAGGAGCAGGUGGUCCAUGUGCCCAAGAUCAUCCCGCAGGAGCGCAUCGUCCACCAGCAUGUGGAGCAGGUCGUCGAGGUCCACGUGCCCAUGACCCAGGAGCAGGUGGUGCACGUGCCGAAGGUGAUGCAGCAGGAGCGUGCCCAUCACUUCCACGUGGAGGAGAUUGUGGACGUGCCGGUGGAGCAGCACAUCGAGCAGGUUGUGCAUGUGCCGAAGGUCCAGAAGGUGGAGAAGAUCGUCCACAACCCCGUGGAGCUGGAGGUGGAGGUGCCCCGCCCGGUGGUGAUUGAGAAGGUCGUCCAGGUGCCCACCGUCCACGUGGAGGAGAAGGUCGUCCGCGUGCCAAAGGUGCUGAACACCGUGGUGGACACCGUGGUCCAGAACACCGUUGAGACCGUGGAGGUGGUGAAGCCGGUUGUGGUCCACAAGGUGGUUCAGCGAAAGAGGCCCAUCGUGCAGGAGGAUACCGUGCAGGUGCCCAAGGUCGUCGUGCAGCACGUCCCCGUGCAGAAGGUCGUGGAGAAGCAGGUGUCUGUCCCUGUCGUGCAGGAGGUGGAGCAAAUUGUUGAUGUGCCGGUCGUCAAGCAGAGGCACCUGCCCAUGGUCCAGAAAGUCGAAAAGCAGAUUCAGGUGCCCCAAAUCCAGUACAUGGACCAUCACGUGGAAGUGCCCAUCCAGAAGCAGGUGCAUGUUCCCAUGGUCCAGACUGUCCAGAAGCACAUCGAGGUGCCGCAAGUCGUUUUCGAGGAUGAGGUCGUCCACAUCCCCAUCCAGAAGCAGGUCCAUGUGCCGAUGGUCCAGAAGGUGCAGAAGACCGUGGAGGUGCCGCAGGUCCAGUACGAGGACCAGGUCGUCCAGGUCCCCAUCCAGAAGCAGGUCCAGGUGCCUAUGGUCCAGAAGGUGCAGAAGACGGUGAAGGUGCCCCAGAUCCAGUACGAGGACCAGAUCGUGGAGGUGCCCGUGCAGAAGGUGGUGCACGUCCCCGUCGUCCAACCGGUGCAGGGGCUGUGUCGCACCGCGUGCGGGGUAGCGGUAUGA